UGGACACACUCUGCAAGUUAAUGAAAAAUAAUAACUUACAGAGUCCACAGUUUAGAGGAAGAACUUAUAACUUGAAUCUCCAAAAGACAGUGAAUUAUUCUUACUUUCAACAUGGCGAACGGCACUUCAGCUACGUCUACGGGGAGCAGUAGCAGUAGAACAUCAUCAUCGACCUUACAAGAAAGAAGACCGCUUUCUAAAGUAGGCAGCAUGCUACGGAAUAGUGUAGAGGGUCUGUUUGCGAAGGUUCCAGUUUUAAAUCCUAAUCUACCGCUGACAGUAUACUAUCACGAUACAGCCAAACUCAAAGAGAUCAUAAAGGAGUUGGAGGGGGUCGGGAGUGACGGAGACACCACCGAGUUGAUCGAUAGGAUGCAUCAAGCACAGUGUU